GGUGCUGGGGGAGAGGGCCAACUGGGCAUCGCUGACUCUACGUCAGGGCUUGAAACACCAAAGCAGAUCACAGCAUUACCAGAACAACAGUACAAGUUAUUAUCAGCAGGAACUGACCAUUCAGCAGCCUUAACAGCUGAUGGCGCCCUCUAUAUGUGGGGUGGUAAUAGCGAAGGUCAGCUAGGGUUUGGCAGUGUGGCUGAGGUACCAAUCCCAAGGAAAUUGUCAUUUGACACAAAGGUGAAGCAAGUGUCGUGUGGCUACUACCACACCUCAGUUGUCACAGAGGAUGGGAAAUUGUAUACAUUCGGUGAGAAUGAAAAUGGAAAGCUAGGGUUGUCAGAUGAAAAACUCACCUGUACCAAUAUACCGCAACAUGUAGACAGCAUCAAAGAUCCCGUCAAGCACUCGUCAUGUGGUAAUAACCAUACAGCAGCUAUCACAGUGAAUGGAGAUUUGUACACUUUUGGUGAUGGUAGCAAUGGACAGUUAGGUCUUGGGCCAUCAUUGUUACAGGUGGAUAUACCUGAAAAGGUUACUAGACUUGGCAGGGCCAAGUGUAAAUUUGUGUCAUGUGGAGAGAGCCAUACAGCAGUCAUAACAGAAAAAGGCAGUUUAUUUACAUUUGGAGACGGAAGAAUGGGAAAACUAGGGCAAGGAGAUGAAAGCUUUUGUAAUUUAUUCAAACCAACAAAAGUGGAUCGAUUCCAUGGAUUCGAAGUACAAAAUGUUUCUUGUGGGGGAUGUCACAUGGUGAUUCUUGCUGUCAAGCGGAGUGUGUCAAAUGGUCACAUGUCCACAGAGUCUGAGUCGGAAGAGACAAUGGAUCCACUAAAGUUAUCAAGUCACCUACGACCUGGUCUAGCGAAAUCCCUACAUGCCACACAGGAUGGUGUUGGUGAUGGGAUCACAGACCUUAGUGCUUCUUUGAACUCAUCCUUGAAUGGAACAGCGAGAGGAAGGAGAAGAGAUAGAGAGAGCUCACCACUACCACCUUUAGCCCGAACACUUCCCCCCCUCGGCUCAAGUAAAAAAACUCUGCAAUCCUUAAAUGAUAAAAACACGGCCCUCAACGGAAAUCUGAAACCACUGGACCAUGGAAGGAUACCUAGAAUAAAUUCUGAAGGAGGAGGUGUAGACGAAGUUGAUUUUGGGAGAAAGCCAGUGUCACUUACAGAUGAGGAUCCACUGGGGACAACUCAUUUUUCACAAAGUGGAUCAAGGAAUGAUAUGAAGCCUAUGUUCUCAGCAAUGCACAAAGUUAAAAGGAAAGAGAAUGAGGGAGAGGAUGAACAUGAUGGUGGUGGAGGCAAGGAAGCAGUCGAUGAACAGAAUGAAGAGUCUGAGAAUUUGCCAACUGAAAAAACUGAAAUAAAAUCAACAGAUGAAGGUGAAACGGGUAAAGAAAAUGAAACUAACAAAGAAAUGGCCAUUGAGGAAGUUGCAGACACUGAGGAACCACAUAAUACGGACAGUAAUUCAGCUGAUGAGAGUCCCAGACCUGUGCCAGCUCCUAGAAGACAAGAACAACCAAAGAAGAUUCCAAGUGAAGAUGAGGAAGACGACGAUGACGAUGAUGAUGAAGAGGAUGAUGAAGAUGACAGUGAAGAGGAAGAUGAGAGUGAAGAGGAAGAUGAAGAAGAUGACAAAGCUAAGAUGAACAAAAAACCAGCAAUGGAACCAAUAAAAGUACAACAAAGUCCUGCUGUGAAACCAAGAACAAAGCCACCAGUUAAGGUUGUUGAAGAGCAUGAUAAGAAAACCAAGAAGGUUCCAACAGAAAGUGCAUUACCUAAAGCAGCACCUAGAAUAGUUAAGAAGCCGGUACCAAAAGAAGAAAGCGAAGAGGAAGAUGAUGAUGAUGAAGAUGAUGAUGAUGAUGAUGAUGAGGACGAUGAUGAGGAUGAUGGUGAGGAAGACGACGAUGAUGAGGAAGAUGAAGAAGAAAUCAAAAAGAAUAAAAAUGUUAAAUCACCACCAAAGACUGACACCAAGAAUAAACAAAAGCAGAAAGUGAAUGCUGAUGAAGAUGAAGAUGAGGAUGAUGACGACGACGAUGAAGAGGAGGAUGAUGACGAUGAAGAUGAAAAUGAUAAAACAGAUACAAAAUCAAAAGAAAAAUCAGACAAGAAAAAUGAGAAGAGCAUCACCGAGGAAAAGAAAGUAGAAUCGCCACCCAAGUUCUGGAAGAGGAAGGGAAAAGAGCAAGCGGAGGCACAGACUGUGAAGAAACCAGAAGAAAAUAAAAAUAAAAAAGACUCACAGAAGAAAGAGGCUGAAAAACAAAAGGAUACAAAAAAGAAGGAAACUGACAAAAAGAAAGUAAAAGAUGAAGAUGAGGAGGAGGAGGAGGAAGAAGAGGAUGAGGAUGAAGAAGAGGAGAAAACGAAGAAGAAAAAUGCAGGAACUGAAAAAACAGCUGGGGACCAGCAAAAAUCAAAAACAUGUGUCAUAUUGUGAUUCCCAAUUCUUCAAAUUAUAUUUAACCAUGCUGAACACUUUACCACAACAUGUGGGAAAAGGUAAUCAAACUAAAUACAGUAAUUUAAUAAGAUAUAAUGCCAUUAUAUGGUUUAAUAUUUUAACUACAUAUUAGACUUUUUAUCCAAUACAAUACUAAAUUCUGCUUCUGAGCGAUCAGAAUUUUUAUAAUUAUUUGUAAAUUUAUUGACCAAUGAAAUUUCCUAUGUAUUAUUAUUCAUUUGACUUUCUAUUGUACAUAGAUAGAUAUGAUAUAUGAUUGUGGAUACUCUUAGAAAAUGUUUGUAAAAUUAGUCAGAUGUGUAAUUCAUUUCUAUUUUUAUACUUCCAAGUUGAAAAUGUUGAUCUGGUUCCUUAAUACAAAAACAUGACAAUAAAAAAUAUUGUUAAAGAGUACAUAGUAUUAUUGAGUAGUAUUCUAAAGUAGCUAUAAAAUUUACAAUACAAAACUUAUUCUGUGUUUUCUUAUCUAUAUUAUUAACAUUGCAAGAUAAUUAAUAUUUCUCAAGGGGUUAUGCAAGUCACAGGAAUCUCCCGGAAAUCGGGAUGACCUCCCACACACAAAAUUUUCCGGAAAAUAAUGCAUCUCGUGCAAAUUCAUAAUAUUUGGAUGUUUAUACUACUGUAUUAUCAAUGGACAUUGUAAAAGAAGUAAAAAAUAUGGCUUGAAAUAUUUGGUGCGAUAAUGAGUCACAUUUUAAAUCAGUUUGCUUUGUAUCAAUUACUUAUGAUUACAAAUUUAGGUACUUAUUGUAUUCUGAGGUUCUAUAUCGAUUGUGUAUAGAUAUUUUUAUGAAGUGUUAAGCCCCUCUCCCACUAGGGGUUUUUUCAGCAUACGAGUUACAAGAGAAUGUCGAGCUAACUCGGCAAACUCAGCAAAAACUCAUAGGACGAUUCGGUAAGCUCGGAGAGGACUCUUACCUACUCGUAGCAGCUCUGAACUCGUGGUGCUAAUUUUGAACAUGUUCAAAAUUAUCGCCACAAGUAGAUAACUCGUAGUAAACUCGAAGAACUCAUAGGUAGCUCGUAGAGUAUUCGGGUACUCUAAGCUAGCUCGUACACUACUCUGGAUACUCGUCGGCGGUUUUGUCAAUUACGAGUUUGAUGCUAGCACCCAAAAAUGAGUACGAGUAAGUAUGAGCGCACCAAGUUGGCUCGUACCUAACUCGUAUCUAAUUCGGUACAAACUUGUUACGCUCGUAAUAAUCUCGUAGUUAACUCGGUGCUCUGCUCGGCAUAAUUCAUACAUAACUCCUAACCAACACCAUAAAGUCGUACCUCACUCGUAGCUAUCACGUAAUAAGCUCGUAUAGGUCCUUUCCAAAGAUCACAAGUUUUAACUCGUAGAAAUCGUACGACUCUUAGGUGAAAUAAACCUAGGUGGGAGAGGGGCUUUACAUUUAAUGUUUUGAAGUGUUUGAAUACAUUACGCAAAUGUUGAUAGUAUAGUGUAUGAUAAAAUUCAUUGAGCAUAUUUGCAUGAGAAAAAUUUUAAUUGACUGUCUAGAAUGAAUAAAAUUUAUUUAUAA